CUGCUUAUAAAUAAAAACUAUUAUUUUAUAGUUUCCUUAGCUGGUGAUGUUCAUUCAGUUGCAUCACUUGGAAUCAGUUGUCAAAGAAAUACAUUCGUUUGUUGGAAUAGAGAAAACGGUGAAAUUUGUCAUAGAUUUGUGACAUGGAAAGAUUUGCGAGGUCAGAAAUUGACUGAAACAUGGAACAAAUCAUUUUUUAUCAAGAUGUUAAAUGCGAUGGGUUGUUUCUUAUAUUUUUUUACAAGGCAAAAGCGUUUUAAAGCUGCUCAUAUAUUUUCAUUUAUGAAUGCAAUGGUUACUUUUCGAUUGAUCGCCACAAUUGAACAAAAUGUAAGGAUGAAGAAAUUAUUGUCGGAGGAUAAACUUGUAUUUGGUUGCUUAGAUACGUGGUUGAUUUACAAAUUAUCAGGUGGCAAAAUGCACAUAACUGAACCGUCAAAUGCCAGCUCGACUGGUAUGUUCGAUCCGUAUUUAAUGGAUUGGGGACAUUUUUUGUUGUCUUUGGUUUCUUUUCCAAAUAUAUUGUUGCCAACUAUAACAUAUUCUGCUGGACAAAUCAUUGCCGUUACAGAUGAGAGGAUAUUUGGAUUUCCGCUUAGCAUUGGAUCUUUAGUAGGUGAUCAACAAGCAGCUGCAUUCGCAUGUGGUUGUUGGCAUAAAGGUGAUAUCAAUAUUUCUCUAGGUACUGGAUCUUUCAUUGAUGUGAAUACAGAUACUGAACCCCAUUUGUCUAUUAAAGGUUUAUAUCCAUUGGUGGGCUGGAAAUUUCCUGAUUCUAUUUCUUUUCUGGCUGAAGGUUUUUCAAACAGUACUGUAAUGGUUCUUCAGUGGGCCAAAUCCAUUGGUUUAUUCAGUGAUGUGCAGGAAAUUUCAAGAAUUGUUGAAAGCGCUACAGAUUCUGCGUGUUCUGCUUUUAUUGGUAUUCAGCCUAAUACAACCAAGGAACAAAUGCUUCGAGCAAUACUCAAAUCAAUUGCAUUUAGAAUAUAUCAAAUUUGGAAUGUGGUACUCAAAGAGAUUAAUUUCAUCAACGGUGAUUUCAUUAAGUGUUGUGGUGGUGUUUCAGGGAAUAAUUUUAUUUGUCAGAUGAUAAGUACUCUCUUAAAUCAUCCACUGCAACGAAUAAAAGAAGAAAGAUUCGCAGCAGCGAAAGGGGCUGCUAUGAUGGCUGGAAUUACCUCUGAGAUUUGGACCAAAGAAGAUUUAUGUAAUAUGAUAAUUAUUGAUGAGACAUUCACUCCUGAAUUGAAAAGAAGAUCAAAUUUAUUAAAAGCAUUUACGGCAUGGGAAAGAGCUUUGGAAAGGUGCUUGAAUUUUUAUACCUAA